CCUUCCCUCUUUGUAUACUUUGGUCUCUCUCUCACUGUGCUUGCUCUGUAACAUAAACCCUAACUCCAUAAACCUCCGAGCUCCUCCUUCCAAGCUCUUCCCCGACAUUAACCAUGGAUGAUAGCUUGUAUGAUGAGUUCGGGAACUAUAUUGGUCCUGAAAUUGAAUCUGACCAGGAGUCCGAUCGAGAGGAAGAGGAUGAGGAGCUCCCCGACAGGCCCACCGAGGAGGCUGCUGAAUCUGACGGCGAAGAUGCAGCUGCAGGAACGAACGGGUGGAUUACGGCCUCCAAUGACGUCGACAUGGAGAACCAGGUAGUCCUUGCGGAGGACAAGAAGUACUACCCUACAGCUGAAGAGGUCUAUGGCGAAGACGUGGAGACCCUGGUUAUGGAUGAAGAUGAGCAGCCCCUUGAGCAGCCCAUCAUUAAACCAGUUAGGGACAUCAAGUUCGAGGUCGGGGUGAAGGAUUCUUCGACUUAUGUGUCGACCCAGUUCCUGAUUGGGCUUAUGUCGAACCCGGCUCUGGUUCGGAAUGUUGCGCUCGUCGGGCACCUGCACCACGGGAAGACGGUGUUCAUGGACAUGUUGGUUGAGCAGACUCACCACAUAUCUACAUUCGACUCGAGCAAUGAGAAGCAUAUAAGGUAUACUGAUACUAGGAUCGACGAGCAGGAGAGGAGGAUAUCUAUCAAGGCCGUUCCAAUGACCCUUGUCUUAGAAGACAGCAAUUCUAAGUCGUACCUCUGCAACAUCAUGGACACUCCAGGACACGUUAAUUUCUCCGACGAAAUGACCGCUGCUCUCCGGCUUGCUGAUGGGGCUGUCUUGAUUGUUGAUGCUGCCGAAGGAGUCAUGGUGAAUACUGAAAGAGCAAUACGUCACGCAAUUCAGGAUCGCCUUCCUAUCGUAGUUGUAAUCAACAAGGUUGAUAGGUUGAUAACUGAACUUAAGUUGCCACCAAGGGAUGCUUAUCAUAAGCUUAGGCAUACCAUAGAGGUCAUCAAUAACCACAUCGCCGUUGCCUCGUCAAAAGCUGGAGAAGUCCAGGUAAUUGAUCCAGCUGCGGGAAAUGUUUGUUUUGCAAGUGCCACUGCUGGGUGGUCUUUCACCUUGCAAUCAUUUGCGAAGUUAUAUGUCAAGCUUCACGGGAUCCCUUUUGAUGCUGAAAAGUUCGCGACGCGUCUUUGGGGAGAUUUCUAUUACCAUCCAAACCUCCGUGUUUUUAAGAAAAAUCCUCCUUCUGGUGGAGGAGAAAGAUCAUUUGUUCAGUUUGUGCUCGAACCCCUCUACAAAAUAUACAGUCAAGUAAUUGGGGAGCAUAAGAAGAGUGUUGAAACUACACUUGCAGAACUAGGGGUGACUCUUAGCAAUGCAGCUUACAAGUCGAAUGUGAAACCCUUGCUUCGGCUAGCUUGCAGUUCAGUCUUCGGUUCGGCCUCAGGUUUCACUGAUAUGCUGAUUCACCAUGUACCUUCUGCCAAGGAUGCUGCUCGCAAGAAGGUUGAGCAUAUUUACACAGGGCCUCAUGAUUCAAUGAUCUAUGAGGCUAUGGAAAAUUGUGAUCCCUCUGGGCCCUUGAUGGUGAAUGUAACUAAACUGUAUCCCAAGUCUGAUUGCAGUGUUUUUGAUGCUUUUGGAAGAGUUUAUAGUGGGGAAAUUCAGACAGGACAGAGCUUACGUGUACUUGGAGAAGGCUAUUCACCAGAUGAUGAGGAGGACAUGACAGUGAAAGAGGUGACCAAGUUAUGGAUCUAUCAAGCUCGAUAUAGGAUACCCAUAGCUAAGGCUCCCCCUGGUUCAUGGGUUCUUAUUGAAGGUGUUGAUGCUUCAAUAAUGAAAACUGCAACUCUUUGUAACGUGGACUAUGAUGAGGAUGUGUACAUAUUCCGUCCCCUUCAGUUCAAUACACUACCUGUUGUAAAAACGGCGACAGAGCCUCUCAAUCCAAGUGAGUUGCCUAAAAUGGUGGAGGGUCUUAGGAAGAUCAGUAAGAGCUAUCCUCUUGCUAUAACCAAAGUUGAGGAGUCUGGGGAGCACACAAUAUUAGGUACUGGAGAGUUGUACUUGGACUCUAUCAUGAAGGAUCUAAGGGAGCUCUACUCUGAAGUAGAAGUCAAGGUGGCAGAUCCUGUAGUCUCUUUCUGUGAGACAGUGGUUGAGUCUUCAUCUAUGCGUUGUUUUGCUGAAACACCAAACAGGAAGAACAAAAUCACUAUGGUUGCAGAGCCAUUGGAGAAAGGAAUAGCGGAGGACAUUGAAAAUGGAGUUGUAAGUAUUGACUGGAGGAAGAGGGAACUCGGCGAGUUCUUCCAAAGGAAGUACGAUUGGGAUUUGCUUGCUGCCCGCUCCAUAUGGGCCUUUGGGCCAGAUAAGCAGGGACCUAACAUUUUACUGGAUGAUACAUUAUCAAGUGAAGUAGACAAGACCUUGCUGAACUCGGUGAAGGAUUCCAUUGUUCAAGGGUUUCAGUGGGGUGCUCGAGAAGGACCUCUUUGUGACGAGCCUAUUAGAAAUGUCAAGUUCAAGAUAGUUGAUGCAAGAAUAGCAACUGAGCCAUUACAUCGCGGAUCAGGGCAGAUUAUACCCACUGCUCGACGGGUAGCUUAUUCAUCUUUUCUGUUGGCGACUCCACGUCUCAUGGAGCCAGUGUACUAUGUGGAGAUACAAACACCGAUCGAUUGUGUGUCUGCAAUCUACACCGUGCUGUCUCGCCGGCGUGGGCAUGUUACUGCUGAUGUUCCUCAACCUGGGACUCCAAGUUACAUUGUCAAGGCAUUUUUGCCCGUCAUUGAAUCAUUUGGAUUUGAGACAGACCUGAGAUACCACACUCAAGGGCAGGCUUUUUGCAUGUCAGUGUUUGAUCACUGGGCUAUAGUGCCCGGUGAUCCCCUCGACAAGAGCAUAGUGUUGCGCCCACUUGAGCCUGCUCCAAUUCAGCACCUUGCACGUGAAUUCAUGGUGAAGACCAGGCGCAGAAAGGGAAUGAGUGAGGAUGUAAGUAUUAACAAGUUCUUCGAUGAGGCUAUGAUGGUGGAGCUCGCUCAACACGCAGCCGAUCAACAUCAUCAAAUAAUCUAAGAUGGAGCUCGAACUGUCAAUUACUGGGAAAAAAAGGCUUGGUCGUCUCUGCUGCAAUGUCUUUUGUUAUAGGCUGUUGUUCUGUUAACUGUGUAGAUGGUAGUUUUCUUCAGUAUUUGCGGGAAUCCAUUUUAACUGAGCCAUCAUUCCGAGAUAUUGGUAGAAAUUACUGUAUCUGUACCUGAUCGAAAUGCGAAAAAGAAAACCGGGGAUUGCAUUCUCAUCAGUUCAAGAAUCAUGGGUGUAUUGUUGGAACAACCUUUUCUUCUUUUACGUUCUUCUAUUGAGUUGGUCGAAUGAAUGACAAUUUCUCUGUAAUGGACUUGGUCAACAGAAGCUUUGCUUCAAUCAUCGAAAGACCUUUUAAAUGUCGAAAAUGCCCGUUGCUGCAA